AUGAAAACAAAAGUAAGAAUCAAGUCUCGUGUGGUACAUGACACCUUGCAUAACCGAGAUAUCAUCGAAAUGUUUCAUGGGAUAUUGGGAACGAACGAUGAGUCGAUUAGUCUCCAUGUUGUAUAUCCAAAAUAUGAAACCCUCUGCAGUCUUUCCACAAAGUUUAUCGAAAUCCUAAACGUCUUAUACCGAAGCAGUGUGCUUAGUAAAUUCGAUGACAGCACGAAAGAGCGCCUAGGCGGUUAUGUACAGGAACUACGGGAACUGUCCCACUUGACAUUUACGGCUCCAGACAUUAGACCCUACUUACCGGAACUCCCUCUGCAACUAAAUAUGACUUUGGGUGUUGAAGACUUUAGUAAGGUCCCCCCCCCUAUUGGCGGACAAUUCCGGAAGACCUACCUGUCGACAAAAAAGAGCCAGUUAGUAAACACAAUAAUAGUCACCUGCAAAAACCUAGUCACUCAUAGGUCAUACCUCAGUGAUGCAAACAAGUUAUGUGACCAGUUCCUAACAGGGAAUGCGGGAUUGUCUUAUGCACCUUUGCCCAAUCUCCCUGGUCUCAACUUCAAACAAAUAUAUAUUAGUACCCGUCUAGACGAGAAUGACAGAAGGCUGCUACUUCUAGUGCUGCACAAGCUAUUGGUUUGCAGUUAUGAUGUGUACAAAUUAGCGUCAUCACCUGAUGUUAACGUAGACGAAUUUGUCGAAGUUAUCAAAACGUCAAUAGAAGAAGUCAGGCGCCAUUUGCCACGGUGUGAGAUGGCCUUCGAUAAGAUCCUCACGAGCGUGGACACGUUCAAAGAGAACUUUGAGAAAUAUUACCACGAUUAUAUAGUUAGCAACAAUCCAACCAGUAUAAUGGAGAAUUUUAUUUUCGAUGUCUCCAAGACUUCAGACCUUUCUCCUGACAUGACUAGACAGUUCCAGCAAAUUAUUGCUUACUAUCGCAAACUCGCUCCACUACAAACUGCGGAUCCUAGAUUGCAAAAUCUUUUCCAUCACGUGGACAAGAACAUACAAGAACUAGAACGAAAUAAGUUCACAAUGAGUGAAACAAGUACAUGUUGA